GGGGGAAAUAGACUAGAAUAGAAUUUCAUCUACAGCGAUGACGUCAUUCCGAAAUCAACGAACAGUUAGGCUACUUUGUCGCGUGUGGUGGGGACACUUCGUGAGAAACUCCAGUAGCCUAUUCAGAUUCAAAGGUAUUGAUAUGGAGACAGACAAUGUUGAGGCUGCUCCCAGUCCUCAGCUCCUGUUUCUGGGACAGAAGUCCACUAAACGCCUGCUGGAGGUUUAUGUGAAACGCAGUCUCAGCCUCAACGAUUCUGCAGCCAGGGGGCAACGGGUCAAACCUCGAAAAUGGAUAAUAGUGGACAACAAAGGCAACCGCAUCAGGAAAGCAUCUAGUGACAGCUCAACACAUCGUCUGUCGCGUGAAAUAUCACAAACUGACCAACCUAAGGAGCCAAGUUCAGACACAACCAGUGACUCUCAUCAAACAGAAUCUAACCAAAGGGAAAGAAAGCCUGGGACUCAUAGAAUUACCAAAAAACCAUCUAUACUGAGGAGCUUUUUAAGACUGUUCUCCAGGAAGAAUUAUGAAGUUCCAAACAGUUCAGUGCCAGACACUCCUGUGUCCAGUGGGUCUUUGGACAGCUGCUUUGAAGCAGAGCUGUGUCCCCCUGUCCCUAAGAUGUCCAGCGAAGACAAGGAAGGUAACACACUGUGUCCAACGAAGUCCAUCAAGAAGAGGCUCUCACUGAAGAAGCUCUCCUUCAGAUCUGAUUCAGUCAAAAGACAUACCAGCCUUGCUACUGCUGAUGUGGUGCGAGUACCAGAUGCGAUUGUCUGUGUGGAGCCUUCAAACACAUACUUUGAGAAAGUAUCUGAGGAGUUGGAGCGCAUUGUGAAAGAGCUGAAAGAAAGCCCAACAGAGGAUGAGGCACAUUGUGCUGCAACGCUAACUGAUCAGAGGCCUGCUAAAGACUCAGAGGAUGACAUUGUUGAGAGGAUGGUCAAUAUACUAAAACAACAAGGAGAUGAGAUUGAUGAGAAGAUCAGGAGGAACAGUAGUAUGAGUUCCUUCUUUCAGAAGCUCACCUACAACAACUUCCAGCUACUUGCCGAUCGCUAUGUGGCUGACAUCCCUGAUCCGCUACCUCAGAGGACCGCCACUCCCCCACAGCUUGUGAAGCUGGCCUUCACUCUGGAUUUCACGGCCAAGGUGGCUGGACUAUCUAGCCAAGCCGUUGGCCGCAUCAUGGGGUUUGGGAACCAGUACAUACAAAACCGCUUUACCCAGAUGACAAGUGUCAAUUGCCAGGCAUCUCAGAACAUGGAGGAUCUCGACCUGGUGGAUUAAGACUAAAACUUGUGAAUCAUGAUACCAACUACCCUUCUACUGCAAUGCUCAUGCCUUUGGAUAUUGCCUGAUAUUUAGGUAUACAUAACAGAUGUGAAGGUGCCAAAUAGUCUCGGUGUGUCCUGAAAUGCUGUAUAAUAGCAUUUAGAUAUUACCUGAUAUUUAGGUAUGCAUUACAAAUGUGAAUGUGCCAAAUAGUUUUUGUGUUGUCAAAUACUGUUUUUACAGUUGCCUUGAUGUUGCCCUCUGUCAGGACUCCGGCCUGGAUUCCUGACCUUUGGCUUCCCUGAUGAAAAGUUUGUUCAUUGUUCUGUUAUGUUUUUGUUUUGGCUCUGUCAUGUGUUUCUGUUUACAUUUUGUCUGCCAUGUUGUUCCAUAUGUUCUUGUCUCCACCCCUAACCUGUCAUGUCACCUCUUGUCAUUGGUAGUUUCCCCCUAUUUGCUGUGGUUACCUGUGUCUCAUUGAGUGUCUCGUUAUGUGUCAUGUUGGUCUGUUGCUACUUGUUUUUGUUCCCGUUGGUGUAUUUGUUGGCGUUGACUUUUUUCUCCAUCAGCUCCUUAUGUUUGAUUUUGCCUCCAUGAUUUUUGUUACCUUGGAUUUACCUUUUUGUAAGUAAAUCUAACUUUUGUUCUA